AUGAUCCAUAGAGCUUUAAAUAUUUGCUCAACAUACGAAUCUUUAGCAAUAGAAUUCGAAAAUAUUCGCCAAAUUGGCUUCCACAAUGGUUACUCUAAAUCAUUUAUCGACACUCGAAUAGGCACCGGUUUAACUAAAUUUCUCAACCCAUCUAUAACCAAUACCAGCGUCAAUAUGGAAGAGGAAAAGACAAAGAUGUAUAUAGAAGUACCAUACACUGGCGCAACUACAAAACCGUUCACCAAACAAUUAGCACGAAUAUCUCAAAAACUUCGUCCUGAUCUUGAUGUUCGCUUUUACGCCAAACCACCACCACCAGUCCAAAUUCAUUUUAACACGAAAGAUCCAGUACCAAAACACCUACAGUCAAACGUAGUGUACUCUGUUAAAUGUGCUCAUUGCGAUGAUUUCUACGUCGGUGAAACCGAAAGACAAAUCAUCCGCAGGCUUUGGGAACAUGGUGCACCAAAAUCACUAUUUCAAUCAAACAUAAUUUCACUCGAUGAAACAAAUAAUAACCUAAAUAAAGAAAACAACAACAAUCAAACUCAAAACACACAGAUACGCAAAAUGGGACAACAUCUUCAUAAAACAAUGCGUCAAAGGGCAACACCAUAUCCUACAUCAGAGAAUCGAACCGAAGCAACAAUUCGUAAAUCGAGAAGAACUACAGCAAACAAUCAAUCCACAACAACUUCUUCAUUAAACAACUCAGGGAGCGCCAUAUCUCGUCAUACGAUCGAAACAAACCACACAAUCGACUGGGAACAUUUCAAACUAGUAUGGCAGGACGGAAAUCAUCAUAAGCUACUUACCAAAGAAUCUCUCGUUAUACAAGCUUAUCAACCACAGCUCAACCGCACAACACAUUCCAGUCCAAUGUACAUCUUUCCCGAAGGUCUCCCACAAACUUUAAUUCCCAAUCCUCAGACUAAUCAAUAA